AUGGAAAAUCAGUGCCCRCAAUACGGCGAAGUGAAUCAGCUUGGCGGCGUAUUUGUGAACGGACGCCCACUGCCRAAUGCGACGCGCAUGCGCAUUGUGGAGUUAGCACGCCUCGGCAUACGACCCUGCGACAUUUCCCGCCAGUUGCGUGUUAGUCAUGGCUGUGUUUCCAAGAUAUUGGCGCGCUACCAUGARACCGGCUCUAUACUCCCCGGCGCUAUAGGCGGCUCGAAACCACGCGUCACCACACCGAAAGUAGURAACUACAUACGCGAAUUGAAGCAGCGCGAUCCCGGUAUUUUCGCUUGGGAAAUUCGUGAUCGUCUGUUGACUGAAGGCAUCUGUGAUAAGACGAAUGUGCCGAGCGUUAGUUCCAUAUCGCGCAUACUUCGCAAUAAGCUUGGCGCUAUUGGACAUCAUCAUCACAACUCAGCGGUGGCGGCGGCAGCAGCCGCUAAUGGCACAAAUGCUUCAUCACACCAUCACACGCAUCCGCAUGCCCACCCGCACGGUCAUCAUCACGCAUCAGCGCACAGCACUGGUGUCUCGACCGCAGUGGCGCAUCAUCAACAUGCCGCCGCCGCCGCUGCAGUGCAUGCGCAUCCCCAUCUCUACAAUUCCAUUUAUCAGCCAUACAGCGCGUACAGCAUGAAAACGGCAGUUUCGUGUGGCAGCCCCUCGCCCCCUCAGCCCACACAAACCAGUCAUCAGUUGCGCACCGYGGCGGCUGCAGCUGCUGCAGCGCAUUGCUGGCCCUCAUCUCACUCUGUGAGCGAUAUUUUGGCKCAUCACCAAGCGGUGGCGUUGCGCGCCAGCUGUCAGGUGGGCAAYACAAUGGGCGCGCUGCCCACAGGUCUGCCGAUGACUGCUUCACCGGUGGGUGGUGCUAUGGGCACGGGCGCGCAACAACUCAUGGGCGCUGAAGAUUGCGACGGCAUGGCGAACAGCGCGGCGGCAGCUACACAAGUCGCUGUGGCAGCGGCUGCGGCGUCGCAGCAGCCCUACAACUACUAUAUGUAUUUCCAAAACACUGGUAUGCAUCAUCAUCAUCAUGGUGGCAUGAUGGCGGCAGGUGCAACGGGGUUAUGAGAAUUGCAUUAUGGCGAUGAUAGAAUAAGCAGGAAACASUUGUAGAAGAAACGUCUUUAGCAAUGUAAAAAUAUGCUAGCUAGCUGAUUAAAAGUAAAUAUAUAUGUAUUAAUCUAUAUAUAAUUAGAAGGAGAUUAACAAAUAAAUCAUCAAUAAAUUUUUAUUUUAGCUUUUA